AUGGCGUUCUACCAAAGCGAGCCCAGUCGACAGGCAGAGACAGCAGACGAAUACGGUCGGCGCGAGGAUUGCUUCAGAAACCACAGACAACAUCCAUUUACUUUUCAAUCUCAUCUAUCAGAUCUCCAAAGCACAAAAGUGGCCACAGAAAGAGACGGAUUGGUCUCCCAGCCGGGACUAAAGGCGGGAGUACUCCCGGAUCCGCAGAUAGCUGAACAUGUGCUUGACCAGCAUCAACGCCAUCAAAAGAACGCCGAGAGACUGCUUCAUGAUUCGCCACCAAGAUUUCCGCUACCAGCUGCUAACUCUUAUAUCAAAGAACUUCUUAUUCCCGUGGACGAUUUAGAUUUGGGCUCUUACCUCCAGAACGAUCUUCACGAUUAUUUACGCCCAAUUUGGGCAAAAAGAUAUGGCAACCCUUUCAAACAGUGGCUUCCGUUGGCUAGGACGAGGGUUGAGAGAGAUGAAAGUUUAGAAUUCCCGCCUGUGCUGGAUAGAUUAUUGGCCCAAAUACACCGAGAAAUUGAUACCGACAAACUAAUAAUAUCAGAUCUUGCUGCGGAUCUGGUGCGAAAAGCUAACGAAUCUAUCACGACGUCCGAGUAUCAAGACUUAGUCAAACGACGAACAGCACUUGAGCCUUGCCAAUAUAGCUACGUUGAACCUAUCUUGCCCCCUCUUUCUCCAAUAUCCGAUGAUGCUACCCCUUUCAUUCCUGAUGGAAAUGUGACAGUUAUCGAUCUUGUAUCUGACCCGAGUAGUCCCACUCGAGCCGCAAUUGAGGAUUCAGAACCUAUUGUCUCGUCCACUUUUAUGACUUCAUCGCCUAGUCGAGAGCUGCCUCAGCUCUUCCAAGCAAGCAACGCUGUUAUUGAAGACAAGGUAGACUUACCUGUUGUCUUGUCUAGCUCGUAUUCUCCAAACAAAGAAAAUAUCCUUACCAAUAUCUGCCUACCUCUUAUAGACCUUGAAGAAGAUGCUUCUGAUUUGCUCCAGGAAAGAGGGUAUUUCGAAGAUGCCUUCAUGACACUGCUUGACGAUCGGCAGCAUUAUGCCAAUAAUUUGGUGAGCCAAGAGCGCUUAGAUCCACCAGAUUCUACAUCGCGUAUUCCUGUCCCUCUGCUUGACUUUGAUAUCCCGCCCCCUACAUGGAUGGCUCAACGCUCUACUGCGGAGACACACUUUGUGUUCUUGAGAAAAACUGUACCGAGAAUUUUCAAUCUUGUGCCUUCUCCACGAGAUCUGCAACUAGAGCUUGACGUCUCGUAUUUGGUCAUUCCACCAAAUCAAGGGAGAUCAAUAAUGAGAUAUGAACACGACAUCUCAAACGAAACAGGAACAAAAUACCUAUCUCAAAAUCUGACGUCGCAUUUAAGCAGCUUUGAUUUCGUUACUAUAAAACCUGAGCUAGAGGUUCUUUGCAUUGCUGAAGACAAAGAAAUUGAAGAAGUCUACAUGUCAGAUGAAGCAUAUUUACCGGAUAAUAUGAUAGAUAAAACCCCGCCUGUUAUUGUUGUGGAGCAACAUGAGAGCCCAAAUCGUGUGAAAUCACUACAGGAAAGCAAGUCGGUCUACUUUCAAAAUCUGGACAGCCCUGAGCUUAGCCGCUCGAUUCGUAGGAAAGCCGAUGACUCCAUGAGACUUUUACCGAAAUGCUACGAUACAAGCGCUACAAGUAUACUUCUCCAUAACUUCAUGGAGUUGAGAGGCUUAAAAAGACCCCGAAUUGAGACAACAGCUUCGGAAGCAUGUCAACCCGCAGACAAUUUACCAUCUGAAUCUAUGAAUGAAGCAUAUUCAACAGAUACCUCUAAACAUAUGCCUACUACAACACCUGAAGCGAUGGCCCCGGCGAUAUUUCCUAAAUUCGAGGUACCCUCUGCGAUGGUCUACUUUAUUGUUUCAGUUGACCUCCCAAGGCCAAUAUUAAGGCGAUUAGAGCAUACAUGGUCUCCCGAAAGUUUGGUUGAUAUUGACUAUUCGGAGCAUAAUGCUAUACCACGACCAUCAGGCUCUGCUCAAUGUGAAGAGACCACCUUGGGAUUAAGUUUCGAGGCUGAUAUAUCUUUGUCGCCUCGUAUAGGAAUCAUCAUCACAAAUAUCCUUAAAGUGCGACAGCGACCUCUUCCUGGCUCUCAGGCUCAAACCACGUUGCGAGAGCGUGUGCAGAAAGUCAGUCAGAAAUACGAGACUCUAUUAGUUCUUGUGUCGGAAUCACAUCCCAGCGGAGAAUUUUCGGGGGCGUUUGCUCCGUCUGAUAUCACAGCUUAUGCCGACUUUGUGAGUUUUACUGUUGCACUAGAUGGAGAUAUAAGCGUGCAGCUUGUCCCAGGAGCGGAACAAACGAUGGCCUCGUGGGUUUCCGCCUUCGUAUCUCAAAACUCUUACAAAUCUCACGAUAUGAAAAGGCUUUUGUCCCCUGAAGAAACACCAUGGGAGAUAUUUCUGAGGCGUGCCGGUAUGAACGUUUUCGCUGCCAAGAUAUUGUCCAAAACACUCUUUGAACAAGCUGGAGCUUCUGGAUUAGCUGUAUUUUUGAUGAUGCCUGUGGAAGAGCGGGUGGCUAGAUUCGCACCAUUGCUUGGCGGAGAGAAGGUUUUGCGCCUAACAGCCAAAGCGCUGGAUCGGAGAUGGGGGCAGUAAUCUCUUUACAGUUUCCUUCAUAUAUCAAAGACGGAUAGGGAUAUCAUAUCGACUGACAUCUAGGCAACAGAAACUUUGAGAGAAG